AUGGAACAGGCACAUCAUCAACACCCGCAUAGCUUGAAUGCCACACAAUUGGUAGGACUCUCACCCACCUCGGGCGGCAGUGGUGGUUCGGGUGGUGCCGGCGGUGGUCUCACCACAGCAGCCGUUGCAGCUGCGGCCGCUGCUGCCGCUGCCUCGUCGAGUAGUAAAAAUGGCAAUAAUGCUGCUGCUGCUGCAGCGGCGGCGGCGGCGGCAGCUGGACAAAUGGCACCACUAUCGGUCGCAUAUCCACACCUGCACAGCGUCAUGGGUUCGAUACCCAUCUACGAUAUGAAGUGGAUGGCCAAUGCAGCAGCAGCAGCCGCUACGGCGACGUCGACUGUAUGCACUGAGCAUACAGCAAUGGCCAAUGAGGCGGGUAUAACGGCGGCAGAAACAGCAGUGGCGGCUAUGCGCCAGGAAUUGCAACAAUCGACAAAUUUCUAUUAUUAA